AUGGCGGAGCACGGCAACAGGGCUGUGGCGCGGUGGCGGCGGUGGGCGGUCGCCAACCUGGGCUCCUUCUCCGCCCUGUUCACCAACACCACCAGCUUCGGCUCGGCGUGGCUCAUCCUGGCGCCGGUGGUGUCGCUGGUGGCCACCUACGCGCCGCGGCGGCUGUUCCUGACCUACUUCAACCUCUUCCUCCGCCGCCGCGCGCGGCGCCUGCUCAACGCCGUGGACCCCUACGUGACCAUCGACAUCUCGGAGCCCGGCGGCGAGGUGCGGUACUCCCGGUACGGCCCCGUCUCCGACAGCGACAGCACCUACGAGGAAGUGAAGGCGUACCUGAGCGGCGCCGCGUGCUCGCAGGACGCGCGCGAGCUCCGCGCCGAGGGAGCCAGGGAGGGCAACGGCCUCGUCGUCAGCAUGCGCGACGGCCAGGACGUCGCCGACGAGUUCCGGGGCGUCUCGCUCUGGUGGUCCUCCGUGGUCCAGAGGGACGUGCAGGGCCAGCGCAAGGCGGACAGGCGGUUCCAGCGGCUCACCUUCCACCUCCGCCACCGCGGGGUCGUCAUCGACGAGUACCUGCCCCACGUCCGCCGCCAGGGCCGCGAGAUCCUCUUCAGCAACCGCCACCGGAGGCUCUACACCAACAUCAAGUCACGCGACUCCUUCUACGAGUCCAAGUCAUGGAGCUACAUCGACUUCGACCACCCGACGACGUUCGACACGCUGGCCAUGGACCGGGCCAAGAAGAGGGACAUCAUGGACGACCUCGACACGUUCCGGAACAGCAGGGAGUUCUACCGGCGCGCCGGCAAGCCGUGGAAGCGCGGGUACCUCCUGUACGGGCCACCGGGCACGGGCAAGUCCACCAUGGUCGCCGCCAUGGCCAACUACCUAGACUACGACAUCUACGACGUGGAGCUCACGGUGGUGCACACCAACAGCGACCUCCGCAAGCUCCUCAUCGAGACCACCAGCAAGUCCAUCAUCGUCAUCGAGGACAUCGACUGCACCCUCGACGUCACCGGCGACCGCGCCAGCAGCAGCAGCAGGCCGCGGCGGCGAGAGGCCGACGAGAAGGAGAGGCCGCCGCGCGACACGACGGUGACCCUGUCCGGCCUGCUCAACUUCAUCGACGGGCUCUGGUCGGCGUGCGGCGGCGAGCGGAUCGUCGUGUUCACCACCAACCACGUCGAGAGGCUGGACCCGGCGCUGAUCCGGCGCGGCAGGAUGGACAUGCACAUCGAGAUGUCCUACUGCCGGUUCGAGGCGUUCCAGACGCUCGCCAAGAACUACCUGGACGUCGACGACCACGAGCUGUUCGGCGCCGUCGGGGAGGUGCUGCGGGAGGAGAACCUCACGCCGGCCGACGUCGCCGAGUGCCUCAUGGCGGCCAGGCGCGCAGGCUCCGGCGAGCCUUCUCGCUGCCUUGAGAUAUUGAUCGAUGAGCUGAAGAAGAGAGCGGUGGAGAAGGCCAAGGCCGAGGCAGAGGCUAAGGCGAGAGCAGAGGCAGAGGCCAAGGCGUGGGCGGAAGCAGAGGCCAGGGCGGCGGUGGAAGCAAAUGCGGCCGCAAGGGACCGUGGCAACCCACGGUAA